AUGGGUUCGAAGGCACUUCUUUACUUUUGCAUCUCCUUGGCUGUAGUUCUAACAAUUACCUCACUGGUGGCUGCUAGCGGAUUGGCUGAGACUUUCACGUCAGUUAACAAUUCCAAGUCACUUGAGACUCGUCCUACCCAUGGGGAUCCGGGAGGAGGAGGCCACGGAGGGAACUUUGGAGGUUGGGAUCAUAGUGGUGGCUAUGGAGGAAGCGGUGACGGACGCUAUGGGGGAUAUCCUGGUCAGGCUGUGGAUGCUGAGCCUUACAACUAA